AUGCUACCACAGGGAAGGAUGCUGCCAAAAAAAGGCGCUAAUGCGAAAACACACUCAGAAGACACUAUUUUUGUACAGUAUCUCAAACGAUUUUUCAGGUUAACUGGCAGAAACGUUGCAGCUAAGCCAUAUUUCUUCAUCUUCAUUUGUUUAUUUAUUACUGUGCUGAGUUCAUCCUCUAUUUUAUUGACUAAAAUGACUAACGAUGUGACUGACUUUACGCCAAAAGAUGCACGAGCGCUCAGAGAAUUAAAGAUUUACAAUGAUUUUUUUGGCCAAAAAGGUUACCCGGUUGUUGUUUUUGUGUUCAUAACUGCGAAAGAUGGCGGUUCAAUGCUAGGAGUGGCGCAGCUUAAUGAAACUGUCCAGUUGCUUGACUUAAUUGUCAAUAAUGUAGAAAUAAGAAAUGAACAAAUGAAUGAAACACGCAUUUUCGCACAAUUUUGCACAAGCUUUUGUGAAGCAAACGAGCCAGUUCGGAAUGUUUAUAAUAGUCUCAUGAUAAAUGAGCAGUAUAAUGGAACUUCGGCGCAAAUUGAUCUUGCUUACCCAGUAAGCACCAUUCUCGGCCAACGAUUUCGCAUCGAUGACAAUUUCUUUGGUGUAGAAGUCGGGAAAAGGAAUAGCUUGUUGGGUGCUCGUUUGGUGUUAUUGCAAUUUCGAGCUAUACUUCAAGGUGAUAUUGAUAGUACCGAUGCUGAACGAUACGAAAUGGCAGUUAACAAUUUCAUACAGAAAAACUUUACGUCGAAUAUAAUUAAUGCCGUUACAAUGUCAUCAACAUUUAUAACAGCUGAAAUUGUGCGUGCCGGCAUUAGUUUAUUACCAUUCACUGCAAUUGGAUUCAUUAUCAUGUGCAUAUUUUCUACUGUAACAACAAUUAUCAGUUCUGUGCUAGUUUCGCAGUUUCACUAUUUGCAGGUGGUAACAGCAAUAGCAGCUUGUGUGUCACCACUUCUAGCCUGCAGUACAGCUCUUGGCUUUCUGUUAUGGGGCGGUCUACGAUUUGGCUCCAUCCUGUGCGUUACACCGCUUUUAGUUCUGGCCAUUGGUGUUGACGAUGCCUUUUUGAUGAUGAACCACUGGCAACAGACCUAUCAACAGAAAAUGUUAACUAAGGAACUUUCAAAGGAAAGACUAAACAAAAGAAUGUGUAAUAUGUUGCAAGAAGUCGGUCCUUCAAUUACAAUAACGACUUUAACAAAUGUGUUAGCAUUUGGAGUUGGAGCACUUUCACCAAUACCCGAAAUUCAAAUUUUUUGCAUCGGAAACGCUACAGCAAUGAUCGUUGAUUUCAUCUAUCAGAUUACACUAUUCGCUGCAAUAAUGGUAGUAGUAGGACGUUGUGAAUUGCAAGCCGAAAAGUCUAAGUAUCCGGUAGAAUAUAAGAAACUUAAAAAGUUGGACGAUUUAAACUCCUUACUCAAGAAUUUGCUAAACAAAUAUUGCUCUGUUUUGUGUACUACAUCAUUCUCAGUGCUGACCGUUGCUGGUUUGCUCUUGUACUGGUCAUUGUCGAUAUAUGGGGCCGUAACUAUCAGUAUUGAAUUGAAGCCUGAGAAACUGAUAAAGCAUGAUUCAGAUAUUGUCAAGGUCUUACAACUACGGGACGAAUAUAUCAUGCAGCAUUGUGCUCCAACACUUAUAUUCGUGGGUAGACCAGGAAAUCUAAACAAUCCUAAUAAUAUUCUUAUGUUGCAGAAAAUCGCAGAGGAUUUUGAAGCAUUACCGAGUUCGCUGGGAAAAACAGCAACAAAGUUUUGGCUAAGAGAUUAUAUGGAUUUUAUUGCGAAUGCGGAACAAGUUUCAUUUGAUAGUUUAAUUGACAGCAAUCGGAAUUUAACAGCAAUUACCAUCAAACAAUUUGACCUACAGAAUUUCCUUACUUGGCCAGAAUUUCAUCAUUGGAAUGGAUUUGUGCAGUUCGAUCUCGAUAAAAAUGGUAUGGGAUAUUUGAAAAGUUAUUUCUUCAUGAUAUCAUCACGCUCUGAUCUCAGAAAAUGGUCUGCUCGUGCAAAACUGCUGAAUCAAUUGCGAAAAGUUGCUGAUCGGUAUGCAAUGCAUGAAGUAAGUGUUUUCGAUGAUGAUGCAAAAUUUCUGGAUAUAAUCGAAAUAUUAGUGAAUCAGACAGUUCAGUCGUCUAUCUUUACAGUGCUUUUUAUGAUGUUUGUUUGCUUUAUUUCUAUACCACAAUGUACUGCAGUAAUCGUCGCUACAUUCUCCAUAAUAAGUAUUUUUAUUGGCGUGCUUGGCUUGUUAUCAUUAUGGAAUGUUGAUUUGGAUCCAAUCGUUAUGUCAGCAUUGAUAAUGUCUAUCGGUUUCAGUGUCGAUAUUCCAGCUCAUGUCGCUUAUCACUUCUUUCUAGCUGAUGAAGAUACAACCGAAGCUUCUCUUCAACACUGCCUUAGAGAAAUCGGAUUUCCAGUGCUGCAAGCUGCAUUCUCAACAAUGCUUUGCGUCCUCAGUCUCCAAUUUAGCGAUCUUCACAUGGCUCUUGUCUUCGUGAAAACGAUGUCACUGGUCAUAAUAAUCGGUUUCAUACAUGGUUUAGUCAUAAUACCGGUACUGUACUGUAUUAUAUCCCGCAUUCGAUAUCCACGAAGAAAGGUAGUAUUCGAUAUCACUGCUACAACCUGUCCAAAAGCCGUUGCAGAAGAUAAGACUGCUAAGCUGACAAUUGAUACAGAAUUGAAAAUUUCCGCUCUAUAA